CCCGAGCCCGCCCGUAGCCGUAAUCCCUAAUCCCACACAAUCAAAUUGAAACAAAUGCACUGUUUAAUGUUUGUGCAUUCUACCUAGAUUAUAGAAUUCUUCGCUGACUGUUUUAAUUAAGGACCAUGUCAUCAGAAGAUCUACUGCAGCGGUCUGUACGCUUACUAGAUGAUGUUGUGGGAUCACCAUCCUUGUACCGAAGUCCAAGACCCAAUAGACAUCGGAGCAGCCUGUUUAGCAACACAAUGUUACCAUUACGACAUUCAGAUGUGCGCGAGUACGCUUUAAACACAUCUAUCACUAUGUCCACAUCUGAGUUGGAAAACUUUUAUGUGGACUCAACCUCCACCAAGCUGCAAAAUCAAAGAGCUAUCAUCAGAGAUAUGAGUGAUAACCUCUAUCAGAGCUUCCUAGACAGUAUGCAGACUCAUUCAUCGUCGAGGGAAGUGUUCACAACUAUAGCAGAGUUCGUACAGAACUGUAACAACAUCUUGAAACUGAUAAGAGAUACGAACAGUGAGCAGGACGUUCAGUGGCUUGAAUUGGAACGUAACAACUGGCGCCUGGUUCAAGCACUGUACCAGAACCGACUGUUUCCACCCAAUCUUGACAUGAUGGAGAAUUCAGCUGACAGAAAAGACAUGGAUGUAGAUGACUUUCAACUACUCAGUGAAAAGGAAAUUAUGCAAAACUUCUACAAGGCGGAUCCUAAGAUUAAUGAGUAUCAGCUGGUGGUAGAUUGGCUCGAGAAGAAUGCGGCUGAUGUCUUAGACACUCAAAGAGGGCCUAAACUGCACCAUUACAUGGACAACACUGUCGCCUGGGAGAACACACUUCACCAAUUGCAGAAUGAGACUGUGGCCUAUCGCAGUAGCCGAGCUAUUGUUAACAGUCUUGACCCAGACGCUCCAUUACGAGAGAGUAAACCUCUCCAUGAUCUGGAUAUGGAGGACGAGAACCGACUGUUGAAGCAGGUAUGGGCAGAGGUGCGAUGUGGUCGUAUAUCUGAGGCCCAGAAGUUAUGUCACCACUGCGGUCAGUCUUGGCGUGCAGCCACUCUGGAAGGCUGGAAACUCUACCAUGAUCCUAACUAUCAAAACAAGUUGGCCAUCACGGAGAAGCAGCCAGUCGAGGGAAACCUGCACAGAGAUAUCUGGAAGCUAUGUGCCUAUCAGCUCUCGGAGAAUAUACGAGCAGGAACUUAUGCUCGGGCGGUGUACGGCGCAUUAUGUGGCAACUUGGAUGCACUGUUACCUGCAUGUGAGACAUGGGAUGAUGUGUUGUGGGCACACACUCGUGUGCUGGUAGAUCAGCUGGUGGAGCAAAGGAUACGCAAUGAAGGUUCACGAAAUUACCACUCCAUGCCAGACUCAUACUGGAAUAGAAAGUUGUCGAUGGAGGACACUUUUGCGACUCUGGACAGCAGUGGGGAACCUUUGGUCAGACAGCAGGCCCGGUCUCGAGAACGCGUAGUACAGAAACUGCUCAUACUUGACCAGUUGCCUCAACUGAUGAGUAGCAUGCUGCAGUGGGCCCAAGAGCAGGACUGCUCACCACAGAUGCUGAGGUUUCUGGCUCACCUGGUGCUGACUCUGCGAUUGCUGGGACAACCGGCCAGCCAGGAUAUCGGUGAUGAGAUUAUCAAGAUCUACGUCAAGGCACUGAUGGAGAAGGGAGAGGCGGAGCAGGUGGCAUACUACACAGCUACUCUGCCAGGAGAUGACCAAGUCACACUGUAUGCUCAGUUCCUGCAGGACAUCCAGCACUUGGCACUACGGAAGGCAGCCCUAGAUGCGGCUGAGGCCGUCAACCUGCCUGUAGAAGCUAUAACACAACGUGUUGUUGAAAAUAUUCGUAAUGAGGAGAGUGCAGAGCGCAUGCUGCCACUGGAGCUAAGUGGGGAGGUAACGGAGGAGGACCGACGCAAAAUCUCAGCCCUUGAGUGGGUGGUACUUUACCCCUCUCAACGAGCGGAAGCUAUUUGGCAGACCAAUGCUCUCAUUCGCACCUUCUUGGCUCUUGGCAAGAUUCAGGCAGCUCGCCUUGCCUUUAACCAGAUUCCCCCUGAUUCUGUCAGUGAGGUGAUGUCGCAAUACCAGGUGGACGACGAGACUGCUUCCGUUUACUCAGCUUUCCUGCCCACAAGAGUGAAUGCUGCCAUCCAGGAGUACUUCUCCCACAAGGCUUAUCUGGACGCACAGGAAGGAUUUGCUGACUGGUUUGAAGAUUAUCACCAUGCACGACCUACAGAACCACCAACACCUGGGCCUGGUGCCACCUUUACGGAGAGAGUAGCUCACGACCACCGGCUUGCUGCGUACCACAAGGAAUUGGACAGAUGGCGAGCAGCUAUGGAACAUCAGACCAAGUGUGUCAAAAAACAGCUGUACAAUGUGCUGUUCAUGCCAGACAAGGGCUGGCUGGCCAACUCUGACAGUGACAAUGAGGACGAGCUGAGAACUAAUCAGAUGGAGGCCCUUCGUACCCUCUGCAUUCCUAAGAUAGUGCUGUUGUUACACACUGUUCUUCACUCUACAGGACAAUACAAAGAAGCUAUCCAGCUGGCGGAAAUUGUAGUUGACGAACAACGACUAAUAUAUAAGGUUUACUCUAAGCAGCAGAUGGGUGAGUUACUCAGUAAAAUCCGAGAGUCCUCACUCGCUUCCCUCGCUCAGGAUAAGGAUCCCUGGGGCCAUCCAGUGGUAUCCUGAAGUAUUAUAACAGAUUUCCAUGUCGUCAACAACUUGCAGAUUGGUGUAUUCUAAAUAGUAAAUAAGUUAAUAACUUCAGUGUUAAUAUAAUGUUUUGUUUAGUAUAAUAUAAUUUUUAUACUUAAA